UUCUUUGGUACCGGAUCUGGACGAAGAAGCAUCUCUCGUUAACAUAGUUAGCAAGCAUUCUCUAAAGCUUCCUCCUUUCUUUUUUUAUUAUUGUUUCUUCAGUUUUGCUUACUUCUUCUUACUAAGUUUCAAGAAUCGCCAUUGCAUUGUAAUUUGGAGAGUUAGCUUCCAAAUAUCUAUUUUUUCUUUUAUUUCUGGGUUGAGAGAGUUUUGUCGGAUGUGAAAUCUCAGAUUAGUGUUUUGUAUUUUUUAAUUGAUUGAGAGGCGAAAUUUGUGGUUGACUUGAGAGCAAGAAUCUGGAUUCUUUCGAGGAGUAAUAAAUGUUCUGCGAAUUCCCUGGUUUUGCGUGAAAGAUUACAUUUUUCUGAGUGUUUAAAUUAAGAAUCAUUAGUGCCGCUGAGAGAGAGAGAGCGUGAUUCUUAUCCGAGUGUAUUCUAUUGUCUGUGUAAAUCUGAGGAAGGAUCUCAAGCUGCUCUGUAGCUAGACUUAAGUCUGGAAUCUGUUUGAUGAGACACUCCCCUGUGUGGAUUUUGAAUAAUGUGUAAAGCAGAGAAGUUUCUAUACCACAGGAAACUCUGGGAGAUGAAGGUUAAGUUUCUUGGAGAUAGUAAGAUAGAGAAGUUUAAGAACUCUUUGGUUUCGAGGUCUCGUAUGAGCCUAUGGAUGAUUCGGGCUAUGACUAUAUUGUUGCUUUGGAGUUGUUUUGUUCAUUUGGUGGCUUUGGGAGAGAUGUGGGGACCUAGAUUGUUGAAAGGCUGGCCUUCUUGUUUCAAUCACCAUGAUCUCCCAAUGGCUGCUCAAAUGACUUCUCUUCCCAUGAAGAUCGCCCUUCCGCCUAAAAGAAUAUAUCAGAACAACGGCUAUCUUAUGGUUUCUUGCAAUGGCGGACUCAACCAAAUGCGAGCAGCGAUAUGUGAUAUGGUCACUAUUGCAAGGUAUAUGAAUGUCACACUUAUUGUACCAGAGCUUGACAAGACCUCGUUUUGGAAUGAUCCAAGUGAGUUCAAAGACAUAUUCGACGUGGAUCACUUCAUAAGUUCUUUGAGAGAUGAGGUUCGUAUACUCAAAGAGCUUCCUCCCAGGCUUAAAAGAAGGGUUAGGCUCGGGAUGUAUCACACCAUGCCUCCUAUUAGCUGGUCCAACAUGUCCUACUACCAAGACCAGAUUCUUCCGCUGGUGAAGAAGUACAAAGUUGUACAUCUGAACAAGACCGAUACUCGACUUGUUAAUAACGAACUGCCUGUUGAGAUUCAGAAGCUGCGAUGCCGAGCAAAUUUCAAUGGGCUUAGGUUUACUCCAAAGAUUGAGGAAUUGGGUAGAAGAGUAGUCAAGAUUCUGAGGGAGAAAGGUCCCUUUCUUGUUCUGCAUCUCAGAUAUGAAAUGGAUAUGUUGGCAUUUUCUGGCUGCUCACAUGGUUGCAACCGCUAUGAGGAAGAAGAACUAACAAGAAUGAGGUAUGCUUAUCCAUGGUGGAAAGAGAAAGUAAUAGACUCUGAGUUGAAGAGGAAAGAAGGUCUUUGCCCAUUGACUCCAGAAGAAACUGCUCUUACUCUAUCGGCAUUGGGUAUUGACCGUAAUGUUCAGAUUUACAUUGCUGCCGGAGAAAUAUAUGGUGGUAAAAGGCGGUUAAAGGCUUUAACUGACGUUUUUCCAAAUGUGGUCAGGAAAGAAACUCUACUGGAUUCCUCUGAUUUGAGUUUUUGUCAGAACCAUUCUUCUCAAAUGGCUGCUCUGGAUUACCUUAUAUCUCUUGAAAGUGACAUAUUCGUUCCUACAUAUUAUGGGAACAUGGCGAAAGUCGUGGAAGGUCAUCGCAGGUUCUUGGGGUUCAAGAAGACGAUUGAGCUGAACAGGAAGUUCUUGGUGAAGCUAAUAGAUGAGUACUAUGAAGGAUUGUUGAGCUGGGAAGUGUUUUCAACCACGGUUAAGGCCUUUCACGCUACACGAAUGGGAGGGCCAAAGAGACGGCUAGUGAUUCCAAAUAGACCGAAAGAAGAGGACUACUUCUACGCUAAUCCAUAUGAAUGCCUUCAGCUAUUACAUGAGAAUAAUGGCAAUUCACUAGAAGAAACCAUAUGACAAGAUCCACCAUAGUUGUCUUUGUGGAUGGAGAUCUUUGGGUAAAUUAGCUUGAGCAAGCUGAUGCAGGACAUGGAUGGAUGAAUAAUGGAGUUAUCUAUGGGGGGUUGGUUAUAUAUAUAUUCUCCAUCUUGAAGGGAUUGGGUUUUCUUAAAGAGAUGAGAAGAUGAAGUUAUGUAGGGUUCUUUGGUGUACAGAGAGACUUUUGAGGAGCUACCAUCACCAUGGAUGCAGAAGAAAGGUUGAAGAUUUCAUUGUAAAGUCUGCAAAUAUGUCCUUUGGCGUUACUACCAUUAUCAUCAUCAUCCAUAGUCUUGCCAGUUUUGGUAGCUACAAAAUAAGAUUAUAAAUGCAGUGUAAAAUUAUGUUACACAUUAUUAUUAUUAUUUGACAAAAUAAAUAAUUGUUAUGUUUUACGCUUUCAUGCAAUGAUAUAGAUUCAAUAAAUU